UAUCGUUUGCGCCGCCAAUCGGCACACUACCGCGGAUGCAUCGUCAGUUACCGUCAGCCGGUCGUACAGUCGCGAGCAUUGCGUGCGGCGCCAUGUGGUCCAAUCUAUGGGUUGUCGUCAUUUAUCUCGUCAUCGUCGUCACAGAAGCAUAUCCGGACAAUACCAAGAAGCUAUAUCAGAACGAGUUGCAGACUGAUCUUCCUCAUGAAAAUCGCACUAAUGUAAAUCACGUAAAAGAAAAUUCUAAUGAAUUAAAUUCCAAUUCGCAACAACCUACAAAGUCUAAUAAAAAGUUACCCGCACCUAUGGUAGAUGAUGAUCUUUUGGAGUUUUUGGUUCGCGUGGCAGACAAUCCAGCAGAGUGGAAUAAAAUUCGUCGUGUUUUAAGUAUGCUUGGCCGGGACGAGUCGGGCACGGCGACCGCUUCGGCUGCUGCUGCUGUCGUCCAGUCCGCGUCGGUCACUUCGACACCGGUGCCGCCGCCAACGCCACCGCCGCCGCCUCGGCCGGUCACCACCCCGACACCUGCGGCGCCCCCGAAGAUCAUCGCGGCCACGGUAGCAGUGCAGAUGGGCUACGAACACCAACCGCCGCCGACCGCGUCGUCCUCGUCGUGGCCGUCGGGCGAUUGGAUCAUGAAAGCGGUGCAAGACAUCAAGGCGGCGGCCAGGGCUCGAGGGAUCGGAGCUGGAGGAGAGGACUACGACGGCGACGACGACGGCAACGAUUACGAUUACGACGACCAGACCGACGACGAGAUCGAACAGAUCGAAGAACCGACCGCUGCACCGCCGCCGCCCCCGCCUAGACAGCCUCUGCUCAGGACGGUCACCGGUCACAUGUCCCGGUACGAGUUCAAGCGGUUGGACGGCAGACCGGACGACGGACGUGUAAACGGCACGUACGUGGCCGUCAUCGAGAGCGAUCGUCCGCCGCGCGUCGUCAUCUACGACCCGGUGAGGCAGAAAAAACCAAGAACCGACAAAUAAUUCCAACAGAAGGCAGUGGAUAACGACUUGCAAACGGCAGCUAAAAAUCGCCCGAAAGAAUAAUAUUUUCCGCAUAGUAAUAUACACACACACACUAAUACACACAUACAUACAAACACACAAAAAAAAGAAUUUUGUUGUAUUAAUUAAAUGAUAAACUAUUAUUAUAAUACAAUAUAACAUAAUAAAACACGUCUGGUUAAACAUUUCUCUCGUUCAUAUUUUAAUGCGUUUUAAUUUUUCGAUGUUACGACCAAAAUUAACACUGUCGCGUAUUAACUUUCAAUUUAUUUAUUAUUAUAAUAAAAUUAAAUAUCAUAAGUUGUAAUUAUUACAGUGUGCUGUAUACACAUACGAACAAUAUACAUUUUACUGUGUGAAAUUCUAAUAAUAACAUUAUAUUUAUAAUUAUUAUAUUACAAAAUAAGCAUUACAAUACUUAAUAUCAUAAUAUACUAAUACAUUAUAUUAUAUUAAAAUAAACGCUGAAAUUAAUUUCUAUAUUCCGUACUUACUUAAGCACUAGAUAAUAAUAAUAUGAUGUCUGAUAUGUUUAUAUAUUAUUAGAUAAUACGUUUGCGCGUGUAUAGAACCGAAUGUCGAUUUUCUUUUUGUCCCCUUCUUCGAAUCCGUUUAUCAUAUAUUAUUAUUAUUAUUAUUAUUAUUAUCAUUAUUAUUAUAUAUAAUUUAUAUUGAUUUAUAUGCUGUAUAUGUGUAUAAAUAAAUGAACGAACAAAAAAAAA